UUUCAAUAUCCUGGGUUAUGGUCCUUCACAUUCCAUUAUAAAGUAGAUUUCCCUCCUGGUCUCCUAUUUCCUUGCUCCUUAAUGCCUGAACCGAUCUCAAUAUGCGCAGGUGCCCUCGGCACAGUCGCAAACGCAAUUGAUCUCUCGGUCAGAACCUACACGCUCAUCGAGGGAAUCAAAUCCGCGCCGGAGAAUAUCAAGCGUCUAGCAGUCGAAUUACGCAGUCUAUACCAUGUCCUUGGAAUGCUCUCCCAGACCCUAGAGGCUCAAAGGAUAAAGAAUCGACCUGAAAAUCUUCCUGUGCAUAUGAUAUCCAACACCAAAGAACUGCUCGAAAAUUGCAUUGAAGUUUUUCGUGAAGUGGAGACUAUUGUUCAACCAUUUGUCGAAGCUGACGGAAGUGUGUUGCGGUCAUUUCGAACGGGGAUUAAAUGGGAGGUUGGCAGAAAAGCAAGCAUUAACACCCUUCAGAAAAGUUUGAGUAACAACAAAGCAACGCUGGAAUUAGCCAUCUCUACUUUAAACUUUUUUAAUUCUUCCCAAACAAUCGAUAUGAUUUCCGACCUUCAAAGGGACGUCCACCGUCUUCGUCGUCAAAUAUAUCAGCCUACCCAACAUCAAAGCCAGCCAGCAAGCAUGAGUGCGCACGAGCGGACUCCGACUGCUCAGAUUGAUGCGCAUAGUAUUCCCAUGCAACGCUUCCUAGCAAGGACUGCGAGCGUUGCUUCUCGUGUGUCUACCUCAACCCAGAUGACAGAGCUUGACUCAAUCUUCUCCGAGGAUAUAUCGGAGACCACCGAAGUAACUAUCCUUAGAGAUGUUGACAUGGCUAGCUCAGAGCGAGUGUCAGACCGUGGCCACUCCGAAGAUGCCGAUAAAGACUUAUCAGUCUUAGAGCAUGCUGAGGGUGACAAUGCACAAGCUUCCAAGACCGAAGUCCCUGCCUCAGGCGCUCCAGAAAAGCGGUCUACGUGGAAAAAGAUCCGCAAGCGGAUGAAGAGAAAUGAUUCAAGAAACAUAUUGCUGCCACUUCCGGAAGCCGGGCCUAACGCGACACCUCACACCACCCCUAGCGUCGAAUAUCCUCGAGUGUCGGAGACCCUAGAAGGCGAGAGACUAGUGAAAAGUAUAAGCACGCCCAUAAUGUCCUCCCAUGAACUUCAGAUGGAACGGGAUUCUACCUCACUCCCACAUCGCUCCAGAACAACACCCAUAACAACACUCUCAGCUCUCCAAUACCGAGAUACACCGAAUCCAGAGGCCUUUCCUAACAGUCCUUACCACUUACCCAAUUUCAACUACAUUGGAAAAGCACCAAAUCCAGAUGGAGAUUCUGAUGGCCUAUGCUCAACUCCACCGCAACCGCCCACCCCGAAAACAAUCAUAAACUCACCCUCAGAGACUGCACAAGAACCUGACCCCUCCACCCCCUGCACAGCCUGCAAAUCCCCGGCUUCCCGCUCCCAAUCCAUAUCCCUCAAAGGCUCCAAAUACCACCAUACCUGCUUCCGCUGCCGUUCCUGCAACAUUCUCCUCCAAUCCGCUUCGCCUCCCCCCGAAGGACCCUUCCAACUAAAAGGGGAUUUUCUCGUCUGCAACAGCUGCGCAUUUACAUGUCAGAAGUGUGACGAGCGGAUUGAAGAACAUGGGCCUAAAGACGCCCCCGCGUACUCUGGAAUUUUUGGCCGUGGGCAGAUGGUUUAUUAA